AAAAUUCAAGCCCGCGGGAGGAACAUGCGCGCGCGCGCCGUACGCGCAUCAGGGAGAAUGGAAAACGUCCGUGCUGGAGAGGUACUUUUUAUUUCAGGCGGUUCGUGCUCCGCUGACUGCUGUAUUCGAGAGCAUAAACUGCGAUGAAAGGUUGUUUUCAGUGAGGGAUAAUCAGUUUCAUCGGUUGCAGGAGUUUUGAGGUUAGGAUUCACCAGUCUUUGGACACCGAUCGAGAGAUAUACAUUCGAUGCGAGUAGUGUCAGGACGUCCGUCAGCCAACAGCGUCGUCAAUAAGCCCUUGUUUUUCUACUAUCUUCUAAGCUGCUGGUCCCUGCGUCACCUCUGGGUCUUCGUCACGUCGACUUGGGUCAUCGAGCGUCAACUGCAGAGUACUCUAUUUGUUCAGCUCUUUGCGUGAAUUUAUUGUUUUGAAGUGCAGUGAUAUUUAGGAAAGUGUGGAAAGUGUAAGAAUUGUGGCCCUUGGUGUGCCGAAUAUCAGCGAGUUUUAAGCCGUUCUUGAAUGAUCGUCACGCAGUUUGGAGGUUAGGUUCUUAAGCUGCCACGUGGUAUUUGCAAUGGUGUCGUCGCGAAGAAUUUAAUAGUUUAACCAAGGUAGUGCCAGUAUACUCUAUGUCAUUGAACAAUUAUUCUUAACGUUAUUAUUUGUUAUCUAAUUGCUGCCAAAACAUUGUGUUGGUCCGACUACAACUGCUGCAACAUCACGGCGUGUACCGAUAUACAAGGCCUCUAAUAUACCGACGCCCGACCAUUUGUUGACCGCGACUACUGAAGCCCGCAAAUCGCCAGUUUUAGUGCUCAGCCAGAGCAUAUUAUUCUUUUAACCCGUUUAUAUUAGUUUAAGCUAUUGUCCAGCCGUCGACAUGGUGGUAAAAGAUUUCAGGCGGGACAAUGUUCUCGCCGAGCUCGAGGCCAUCAGUUUGCAGAACAGCGUGGCCAGGUACACAGCCCAAGUCCAAGCCAUGCAGGCCAGGAUAGACGUGAUCGCGAGCCAUUUCACCAUACACGAUCCCUGCGAAAUUCGUAUCUCCGGCCUCCCGGACUCGAGCGACCUCUCCAUACGCGAUAUGGCUGAGCGUGUUUUCGCAGCCAUCGGUUGUCCCGAUUUCGGUAAGCAUGUGCUGGAAGUUCGCGAAUGGCUGCAUAGACCUGCGAAUGCCACUGCAGGUCAAUCGGAGCAAGGAAACGAGCGAAGAAAACGGUGCAUCGUCGUGCAAUUCAUCUCGAAUGUCGUCAGGGAUAUGGUUCUGAGGAGCGUGAAAAAACUCGACAAGCAGAUCUCUCAAUCGCUGUUCGGAACCGGAGGCAAGGGCAAAAUUUACGUGAACAUUGUGUAUCCGAGAUCGGUGUACCAGCUGCGCAAGAAAGCUAUAAGCAUCGCGAAGAGUCACAACUAUGCGAAGCCCGUUGUGAAAAAUUUGGUGGUGUGCAUGCGCGAAAGGCACGACUCUCCUCUCAUCCCUGUGUACUCCGAGGAGGACUUGGCGAUGCUUCCUCGGCGAAUCCGCUGUCCGUGUGAUAAUUGUCGUCGUCGUUUGGUUAACCCGCAAGUGAUCGUGGAAAUGUAAACAGUAUUAUACUUUUAGUAAUUUAUUAUACCUCGUUUUUCUUCGAUGUCUAGUUUUAAGCCUACGAUUGUCAAACUUUUAAGCGCGUUUGUGAUUUUCUAUACUUAUAUUCGAUGUUCAACGUCAUGUAUUUAUUAUUUUUAAAAACUUUUUAACAAACCCCGCUGGAGGGAAAACAAAUAAACGAAUCAAUCAAUGAA